CUGUUAUUUGGGCAGAGAGAAAGGAAGUAGCGACAGGCUAGCUGGUUAGCCGGUGUGAAACCAGACAGUCUGUCAGGGAAGACAAGACGCUUUUAUCUGACCUCAGACACCGCUCUUCUUUGUUUAAUAUAACCGUAGAAAACCGGGGUUUUUGUCGGUUAACUCUUUCUCUCCCAACCGGGUUUCAAACCGACAAACUGCCUCAACUCUCCGGCGGUGUGUGUCUGGAUCUCCGCCGUUGUUAGUGGUUGGUUUUCAUUGAAAGGAGAAUCACUAACUGAACAAACCAACGACCAAAUCAUCAUUUUUAUUUUUUUUCACCAGUUGGUUGAAUCGCGGGGAAUGAAAUCAAGGAUUACACCAAGACAAUGAGAAAAACAGCCGCUAAAGGCGCUGCGUGGUGAGAGGGAAGCAGUGGGUGCGGCAUGCUGAGGCCACUCCCCCUGGCCCAGGAUGAGUGUCAGAGAUGGCGCUGCCACCAUGGCAACGAACGCAGGUGGAGGAGGGGGGGGAGGCGGGCCAGCUAGCCCCAACGAUCACGAUGACCGCUCAUACCUGCUCCAGAUCUACCCCCGGCUGGCUGCCCAGUCCACCACCUGCUGCAACCUCAGAGUGCAGAAGGAUGCAACAGCAGCCUCUGUGAUCUCAGACGCUGCCACGGCACUCCGGCUGGACCCUGGCCGCAUGUAUGUGCUGGCAGAGGUGAAGGAAUGUGGCGGGGAGGAGUGGGUUCUGGAGGCCGGAGACCUGCCAGCACAGAGGUUCCUGCUGUGGCCUCGGAAAGCCCAGGAGCAACACCCUCAGAGCCUUGGCUUUUACUUCUUACUACAGGAGAGGAACCAUGAUGGCACUAUCCAUUAUGUCCAUCUCCCGCCUGUGACUAAAGAGCAGGAGGCGCAGCUAGCCGCCAGGGGCUUCCUUCCUCCUCCACAAGACGACUUUGCAGACCUCUGCAACCUCCCCGUCCUCAAUGAGGACAGCAUAUUAAACGACCUGCGCACGCGCUUUUACAAGAAAAAGAUCUACACCUAUGCAGGCAGCAUCCUCAUCGCCAUCAACCCCUUCAAGUUCCUGCCCAUCUACAACCCUAAGUACGUCAAGAUGUACGAGAACCACCAGCUGGGCAAACUGGAGCCUCAUAUAUUUGCUAUCGCAGAUGUAGCCUACUACGCUAUGCUCAGGAAGAGGGUCAACCAGUGCAUCGUCAUUUCUGGGGAAAGUGGCUCCGGCAAGACCCAGAGUACCAACUUCCUGAUCCACUGUCUGACUGCGCUCAGCCAGAAGGGCUAUGCCAGUGGAGUGGAGAGGACCAUUCUGGGAGCUGGGCCGGUCCUGGAGGCCUUCGGGAACGCCAAGACCGCCCACAACAACAACUCCAGCCGCUUUGGUAAAUUCAUCCAGGUGAACUACCUGGAGAGUGGAGUGGUCAGAGGGGCUGUGGUGGAGAAGUAUCUCCUGGAGAAGUCUCGUCUGGUCUCCAGAGAGAAGAACGAGAGGAACUACCACGUGUUCUACUACCUGUUGUUGGGAGCGUCGGAGGAGGAGAGGAAGGAGUUCAAGCUGCUGCCGCCUGAAGAAUACUUCUACCUCAAGCAGCAAAACUUUAAGAUAGAAGAUGAGGAAGAUCUGCGGCACGACUUCGAGAGGCUGCAGCAGGCGAUGGAGAUGGUCGGCUUCCUUCCUGCCACCAAGAAACAGAUCUUUUCUGUGCUGUCGGCCAUCUUGUAUCUGGGCAACGUGACCUACAGGAGGAAGUCCACAGGCCGAGAUGAGGGGCUGGAUGUGGGACCACCAGAGGUUUUGGCUACGCUCUCUGACCUGCUGAAGGUGAAAGAGGAGCUGCUGGUUGAGGCGCUGACGAAGAGGAAAACUGUGACUGUCAACGACAAGCUGAUCCUCCCCUACAGCCACUCUGAGGCCAUCACAGCCAGAGACUCGAUGGCCAAAUCUCUGUACAGCGCCUUGUUUGACUGGAUCGUGCUGCGCAUCAAUCACGCUCUGCUGAACAAGAAAGAUAUGGAGGAAUCUGUCCCAUGUUUGUCCAUCGGCGUCCUGGACAUCUUUGGCUUCGAGGACUUUGAGACCAACAGCUUUGAGCAGUUCUGCAUCAACUAUGCGAACGAGCAGCUGCAGUAUUAUUUUAACCAUCACAUCUUCAACCUGGAGCAGGAGGAGUACCAAGCGGAGGGAAUCACCUGGCACAACAUCGACUACACAGACAACGUGGGCUGCAUCCAUCUCAUCAGCAAGAAGCCCACGGGCCUGCUCUACCUGCUGGAUGAGGAGAGCAAUUUUCCCCAUGCCACAGAUGAGACAUUAUUAGCCAAAUUCAAGCAGCAGCACCAGGGGAACAAGUACUUUGUCCCCACGCCGGUCAUGGAGCCCGCCUUCGUCAUUCAACACUUUGCUGGGAAAGUCAAAUAUCAAAUCAAGGAUUUCCGGGAGAAGAACACGGACCACAUGCGUCCAGACAUCGUGGCAUUGUUGCGGAGCAGCGACCGCGCAUAUGUCCGGCAGCUCAUCGGCAUGGACCCGGUGGCCAUGUUUAGAUGGGGCAUCCUGCGCGCCACCAUCAGAGGCAUCGCUGCUUUUAAUGAAGCGGGACGCUCCUGGGCCUCCAAAACUUCAGGUGUUGUCCGUCCAAUCUCCAGAACUCCUCUCGGAGAGCUUCAGCGAUCCAACGCCCCGGUGGACAGAAUGUACAAACGAGCCUCUAUGCUCGAUUUCUGCUUUGAUCACUCAGAGGAGCGCCCUCUAGAGGCCUUUGAAGACAUUGCUAGCUAUGAGAGUAAGAAAGACAUGCACGCAGAGAUCAUCAGCUCCAUUAAGAACUUGCAGUUGGAUGGUGACGACCCUCGCAAGCUGCUGCAGUCCUGGGGUCGCCUCCGCUUCCCUCGACACGUCCUCCAGAAGAACAAGAACACCAAACAGAGGCAGGUCAUCCCCAAGAGUUUACUGGAUUCUCGGUCUCUGAAGUUCAUUGUGAGUCUGACGCUGCACGAUCGCACCACCAAGUCUCUGCUCCACGUGCACAAGAAGAAGAAGCCCCCCAGCAUCAGUGCCCAGUUCCAGACCUCUCUGACCAAACUGUUGGAGACUCUGAACAGAGCAGAACCUUUCUUCAUCCGUUGUAUCCGCUCCAAUGCUGAGAAGAAGGAGAUGUAUCUGGAUGAGGCCUUGGUGGUUCAGCAGCUGCGAUACACAGGAAUGCUGGAAACCGUUCGCAUCAGGAGGUCAGGCUACGGAGCCAAGUACACAUUCCAGGAGUUCAUAGAGCAGUUCAGGGUGUUGCUGCCAAAGAACGCUGCAGCCUCUAAAGACGACAUCUCAGCGCUGUUUGAGAAGAAGAUGGGCCUGGACCCCACCACGUUCCAGAUAGGCAAAACUAAGGUGUUCUUGAAGGAGCUGGAGCGACAGCAGCUGCAGGACACGCUGCACAAAGAUGUGAUGCGUAAGAUCAUCUUCCUUCAGCGCUGGUUCAGAGGUCGCCUGCAGAGGAAAGAGUUUCUGGACAUGAGACAGGCAGCCAUCUUGAUUCAGCGUUCAUGGCGCAGGUACUGCGAAGAGGAGCGGAGGCGAGUGGCAGCCGCGCUGAUCCAGGCUGUGUGGAGAGGGCACAGACAGAGGUCAGAGUACGGCCGCCAAAGACAGGGCGCUACCAAAAUACAAGCCCUGGUCAGAGGUCACUCUGCACGCAGAAGGUGCCACUCGAUGCGUGAAGAGAAACAGAAAAAGGAGGAGGAGGAAAAAGAAUCUCUGAAGAGGGCAGAAGAAGAGGAAAGAAAGAGGGAAGAAGAGGAGGAGUCCAUGAGAAGAGCAGAGGAGGACGAAGAAAGGAGGAGGAUGGAAGAAGAAACAGCAAGGAGAGAAGAAGAAGAAGAGGAGGCUGCCAGGAAAGCGCAGGAAGCACAGAAAAAGAGAGAGGAAGCGGAGAAAAGACUGGCGAGCAAACCUGAAACGAGAGAAGAUCCGGACAUGGAGCCGGUCACAGAGGAGACGCUGCAGGACGUAGGUCCUGUCCAGGAGACGCAGGAGGAGAGAGGAGAGGUUUACACAAGCUCACAAACAGAGGAGGACCAGGGCAAGGAUGAAGAGCUGGAGGAGGAGGAGUUGGAGACCAACGGUACCCUGACUGAGGCUGGACCCCAGCUGGACGAGAAAGAAGAUGAUGAUUUAGGAGAGUCCGAUACAAGACUGCCCUCUGAUGAGGUCACCGCCAACGCACUUACCCCCACUGCCGGGGAGGGGUCGGAUAAACAGGCUCCUGGCAAUACCUGCAAACCUUCCAGUGCUGAAAAGAGAGCACGAGCUCCAGCGAUCAGCAGGGGCCUGUCGUCCAGGAGCCAGGAGAAGAGGGAGCAGAGGAGACGAAGAGGGCUGGAGCACAACCAGAGAGAGACCGAACGAGCCGCCUCGACGUCCUCCAUCCCGACGUCCUCCACCCCGCCCAGCAGCAAGGAUCAAACUCCCCCAGCCAAGAGCAAAAGCCAGGAGCCCUCCAAGCUGAAAGAGCGUGCGGACAGCAAGGAGCUGGACCAGUACACCUUCGUGGCCUGGAAAAUGAAGGACGACAAAGGAGGGAAGAAGGAGGCAAAAACGUCUCCUCCUUCUGCCGGGCCUGUGCGUCCCACAUCGUUACCCCUGCACACCGCUGACUCUGUGCCUGACAGGAACGGUGUAGGGGACGGCGUCGGAGCAACAAACCUGCAUCGCCGUACUGGGGGGUUUAAGGAGAAGCCGGAGAAGUGGAGGGGGAGGAGUUGUGAGAGAGAACACUCUGAGGGAGCCAGCCCUCCUCCUCACAACAGGGAGGACAGGAGGAAGAAACACUCCCUGCGUGAAACUGCCUCCUCAUCAGUGGACAGUUUAUCUCCAGGACCUGAAGGUGCCGGUGCUUUUCCAGCCAGAGAGCUGAUCUCCUCCUCAGAGAGCUUCACCGACAGCUCCAAGGGAAGCUCCAUCAGAAGGAAACACCAAGACGCUUCUGGUCACCAAGACUCGGCACACGCCAUGCCGUCCACGCCAGACAAGUCCGUCGGCUUCUUCAGCAAGAUUCUGAAGAAGCGUCCGCACAAGGAGGCGCAGACUCCAGACAACGGAGAGUUGACUCUGGCUCAGAUUCUCAAUGAAAGGCCAACAGCAGGAGAAGCCCCGACGCCCGGACAUCCAUCUCGGCCUCUUCCCCAGACGCACGGGGAACGUAAAGGUUUAGGCCGCAACCCCACCAUAAAGAUCAGCCGCGCCACACGGGUGUCUGAGCAGUGGAACGCCUCGCUGGAUCGAGAAAUCACCAACGCCAAUGAGCUGCGGCACCUCGACGAGUUUCUGGGCAACCAGGUCAAUGAUUUCCGCUCCAGGGGGAAGUCGCUUUCAGCUACAGAGGCCAUCUUUGUAACAGCCACCAUGCAGUUCAGAGAGACUAUCAAAGCCAUGUAUUCUCUCCCAAAACCCACCAUUGGCUACAAAGGACUGAUGACGGGCUACCAGAACAAAGUGAUCCACCUGGCGGGCGACAAGCAGAAAGGAGAAGUCCAACUGGUGGUCAACCUCUUCCAGUCGGUGUUGGACGGCUUCAUCAGAGGAGAGAUGAAGAAGGAGGAGGCUGAGCCUGCGAAGCCUGCUAAAGCGAGGAAGAAGAGGAGGAAAAAAGAUAAAAGUAUGGAGAGCCCGCUGGAUCAUGUUUUCGUCAACUAUCAGGUCAACAUCAUGCAGUCGUGUGACCAGUGCUGCUCCUACAUCUGGGGCAUGGAGAAGGCCUACAUGUGCAGCUAUUGUAAAAUGGUGUGCCACAAGAAGUGCCUCUGCAAAAUCGUGACUGACUGCUCCACCUUCUGCGCCAAAAAGAGUGACGAGGAGUCUACCGGUCUGCACUUUGGGGUGCGUGUGUGCCACCUGGUCAGCGAUAAGAACCCGGUCCCCAUCAUGCUGGAGACGAUGCUGGAGCACGUGGAGAUGAACGGCCUCUACACCGAGGGCAUCUACCGCAAGUCUGGCUCAGCCAACCGCAUGAAGGAGCUGCACCAGCGGCUCGAGACCGAACCUCACCUGGUCUGCCUCGAAGACUAUCCCAUCCACACGGUGACGGGUCUGGUGAAACAGUGGCUGAGGGAGCUGCCGGAUCCUCUCAUGACCUUCACACAUUACAGCGACUUCCUGCAUGCAGUGGAGCUGCCAGAGAAGGAGGAGCAGCUUCACGCUGUGUACAAAAUGCUGGAGGAGCUUCCUUCAGCGAACUUCAACACAUUGGAGCGCCUCGUCUUCCACCUCGUCAGGGUGUGUAAAGAGGAGGCUCACAACCGCAUGUCUCCAAACUCGCUGGCCAUAGUUUUUGCUCCGUGUGUCCUGCGCUGCCCAGACAGCGCUGACCCGCUGCUCAGCAUGAAGGAUGUUGCCAAGACCACCACGUGUAUAGAGAUGAUCAUCAACGAGCAGAUCCGACGCUACAACGAGAAGAUGGAGGAGAUCGAGCAGCUGGAGUACGCGGAGGCUAUGGCUGUGAACCAGCUCAAACUCAAGAGACAGAACACGCACUGCUGGCAUUUACCUCUCAGGUUCUCAGCUCCUUACAAAGGAGCGGUGGUGCACGAGAAGGUGAGCUCUGACCUCAGCGUGGUGCCGGAGAACGAGCCGCUGGACUCGGACACGGAGGCCGAGAACAACCUGGUGGAGCGAAUCAAGUCCAUCAAGCAGGAGAAAGACGAUCUGGCCUGCAGACUGCCGGAGAUGGAGCAGCCGGGUUCAGACCAGGAGAACUUUGACUCCGAAGCCUCGCUGAGCUCCGAGAGUCUCCUGGACGAGCAGCAUCGCUCUUCUGUCCACGGCUCCGAGCCUGAAGGACGAGGUGCCCCCCAGCGGAGAUUCAGGCCAGUUUGUCCACCCAAACCAUCAGACCUGGCCCAGCGCCCUAAAGUCCCUGGUGGACGCGUGUCUCUGCUCAGCCUCACCCCUGCUGGCUCCACCUCCUCUGUGUCCAGCUGCGUCUCUUCAACCUCUGAAUCCUCCAUCGCCUCCUUCAGGCAUCCGCUGCAACGCCGCAACCCCAUCAUCCCAGGCACCGUUAAACUCCCGCACGGCGUCCUUCCCCAGUCUGCAGCCUCGAGUGCAGCUCAGAUGUAUACCCCUACUGCAAACCGAGCAUUAAAGUACUUCAGGACGCGGGAGCGCCCGGGCCGCCGUAAAGACAGCACCCAGUCCCUGUACAUCGACAGCCCCGAGUGUGACCUGUUGUUGCACUUUUCCUCCUGCCCUCCCUCCGCUUCCUCCUCUUCCUCCUCCAUCUCCAUCGUCACACCCUCUCCUCAGCACCACGACACUCGAGCCACGAAGAGCCAGAGACGUUUUUCUGACCCAGACAUACCUUUUAUGGACGAUGACGCGUGAACAGGGCAGAAAAGAUGGAGCCGUGUAGAUGACAAUGAUGUGAUGCAGAGAGCCAGAAGAGGAUACAAACCACAGUCCAGGAACAUGACCUGUAAACAUGAUGAUGUGCAGCUUCACAGCGGACGCAGUCAUCCGUGGGAACUCAUUGAGGAACAAGUCUUGUUGUCCUCCAUGAUGGUAAAAGAUAACUGGACGAGACGUUGCCAAGCACCUUUUCUACCAUUUUAAUAUAUUGUGGUUGAGUUGGGACAGAGGCUGUGUGUCUGUAGCAUCAUGUUGUUCUUUCUCCUCUUUUAAAUUAGUGCUCAUUCAAGGAGACGUUGCCGGUUCCAGCCGCACUUUUCAUUUCUCCCAAUGAGCAAAACUCAGUGAAAUGUUAGCUCGUGCCUUCGUAAUGUACAGUAAACUUCUCAUGUGCUCACAGAGGGGGGGGGGGGGGGGUAUUUGGGAUUAAGAGAGUGUACCUUUUGACUCGACCGACACAAGACAUGUUUGAAAUGAGGACCUUAAACAUGCAACAUUGUCUUUCCACGUACCGACACAACAGAUGACGUCACCGCCUCACACAGCGAAGGGAAGCGGGGGCAGCACACGCCACUUUCUCCUUUUGAAACAACAAAAACCCAAACCCAGCCACGGUGCAACAAGCCGUGCCACGAUGUCUUCAAAGCUCAAAGUCCUCGACCUCACCUUGACCCCUUUUCUUUUCUACAGUGAACUUCCCUCAGCUGCGCCGCGCCUGCGUUUCAGAGCACACGGUCCCGUGACGAGCCGGUCCGCCGAAGCUCUGGCCAACUUUGUUUGAAAUGUAAUACUAAUGUUCCUCUCUGACUGCUGUUGAAUGGUGUGACGAUGUGUAAUGUGUAACAGAGAGUGUGUGGUUGGGACUGAAUGACGUGAACUGUAAUGGUUAUUAGUAUUAACAUGACAAUACAGAACGUGAUGAUGCGUGUAACA